GGAAAAGAAAAUCAAAGGAAGAGAGAGAGAGUAGGCCGUAAAGAGAGGAAAGGGAAAGUUGUAAAAAAGAAAACCCUUUCUGCUCUCAAUUCAUCAGAAAUCACAGAAGGGUCUCGUGGUUUUGGAGAUGCAAUCGCAGAAAUAGACCAAGCCGAAGAGUACGCGUUGUUGGUCAUUUUGGGGAGAAUGGAUGGGAAUCGAAUUAUUAUUAUUACCGCUGAAAAAAGUUGACCGCACAACUAUUUUGAUCUUUUAUUUAUAGUUGCGGCAUUUUCCCACAACAUAUAGCUCAGCUUGAAAAAUCUAAAAAGGUCUUCGCGUCUUCUGCGACCUACUCGAAACUGAUCGAUUCCGCUGCCCACGUUAGCCAUGGAGGUAAUGACUCAUUCGUCAAGCUUCCUCCUCCCCAAUCCUUCCGCCGACAACGGCCCUUCGCUAACGUACGCGCUCCUCCUCCUUAACCGACGCCUACCACGAUUCACUCCUCUCCUCUGGAAGCACGCACAACUUCGUAUUUGUGCGGACGGUGGAGCAAAUCGGUUGUAUGAUGAAUUGCCGCUGUUUUUCGCUGACGAAGACGCUUUAGCUGUUCGUAAGAGGUAUAAGCCAGAUGUAAUAAUAGGAGACAUGGAUUCUAUUAGAGAAGAACUUCUAGGAUUCUACAAAAAUGCGGGAACUAAGGUGGUUGAUGCUUCACAUGAUCAGGAUACUACAGAUUUACAUAAAUGUGUUUCAUAUAUUCAAGAUCUACCGAUUCUGAAGAAUCAAAAUAUUUGCAUCCUUGUUGCUGGAGCACUUGGUGGAAGGUUUGACCAUGAGAUUGGAAAUAUCAAUGUUCUAUGCCGUUUCCCAAGCAUGCGGAUAAUUCUUCUGUCAGAUGAUUGCCUCAUCCAACUUCUUCCAUGUGGUCAUCAUCAUGAGAUCCAUAUCCAGUCCACUGUUGAGGGACCACAUUGUGGGCUCAUCCCUAUUGGUGGACCUUCGGAAAGAAGUACAACCACCGGGCUCCAAUGGAAUCUAACUGAUGCGGAAAUGAGAUUUGGUGGUCUGAUCAGCACAUCAAAUAUUGUAAAAGGGGAUAUAGUAACGGUUCAAUCCGAUGCAGACCUUCUUUGGACUAUAUCCCUCAGGAAGGGAUGGUGACUUGUGUUUCAUUAAACUGCACCGCAGUGAUAAUAUUAUAUUUUUGGGAAAGCAUUUGACACUAUGAGUUGUGCUAUAUUAGAUUCAUUAUUCAAGAUUCAUGUUGUAAUCUAAAUUUUUCCAGUGCAGUAAUUUCUGUCGGGUUA